GUGCCGUAUGGACCACAAUUUGAUGGCCAAAGAAGAUUUCUCCAAGCUUGGCUUUAGUGACAGUGAAACUGCUGAGAAAACCAAUAAAACGAACUAACGAACCCACGCCCGUAGAAUGUCACAACGCAACGUACUGAUUGGCUGCACCGGGAGUGUAGCCAGUAUUAAACUUCCGGUUCUAAUUUCAAAAUUACGCGAGUCCGGAUUGAAUCUACAAAUUAAGGUAAUUGUAACGAAACACGCAGAGCAUUUUUUCUCCACCGAAGACAUCCCUUGCGAUGUGGCAAACAUCUACCGAGACGAAGACGAAUGGACCAGUUGGAAAGGACGGGGGGAUCCGGUUCUACACAUCGAGCUUGGUAAAUGGGCGGAUCUGAUGGUGAUUGCACCGCUCGAUGCCAACAGUUUGGCAAAGUUGGCCCAAGGACUGUGCGAGAACCUGCUGCUCUGUACGGCGAGGGCAUGGGAUUUUUCGAAGCCGCUUCUUUUCUGUCCUGCUAUGAACACCCGAAUGUGGGAGCAUCCCAUCACGGCUGGACAGAUUGAAACCUUGCGCUCGUGGGGCUUGCGAGAAAUUCCUUGUGUAGCGAAAACGCUGAUGUGCGGCGAUACCGGGCUGGGCGCGAUGGCUGAGGUUGAUACGAUUGUUAAUGAGGUGCUUCGAUGUUUGGUGGAGACGACUAAUGGGAAAUGAUUGAAGUGGAAGUUUUUUAAAAUAUAGUUAUACCGAUAGAUA